AUGGCCCUGCACGAGCCAGGCAGAGCCGCAGCGCCCCGCGCGCGUUCACAGCCCGGCUUGUCCUUCCCACUCAACGUCACUUCCGUUCCCCGGAGAGGCAGGAACAACAUCUCCCAGCCUGCCCAGGAGAUCGCUUCCGCCCUCUUCAGCAGAAGUAAGGGAGGGUUUCAGCAGCUGUCCUCCUCCGCCUCCCUGUCUAACGUCACUUCCGCUCCCUGCAGACUUAGGAACUACAUCUCCCAGACUGCACCGGGGGCGCGGGGGGUGCUUCCGCCCUCUCUAGCCCAGGGGCCAGUGAUCUUCGAGGAGGUGGCUGUGUAUUUCACCAGGGAACAGUGGGCUCUGCUGGACCCCACGCAGAGAGCUCUCUACAGAGAUGUCAUGCAGGAGAGCUGUGAGAAUGUGACCUUACUGGCAAGGGAAGAAAAAGAAGCUCUCCUUCAAGCUGGAGUCAGAAGGGUGAUGUAAGGAUGACUUCCUGAGUGCCGGCUCAAGCCUUUGCUCUACCAGCUGACCUAUCCAAGGGCUGCCACCACUUUCUCCAGGUUUGAUAAAUGAUCUGGAGAAAGGGGUAAACAGUGAGGUGGCAAAGUUUGCAGAAGAUACUAAACUGCUCAAGAUAGUUAAGACCAAUGCAGACUGUGAAGAACUUCAGAGAUCUCAAAAAACUAAGUGAUUGAGCAACAAAAUGGCAAAUGAAAUUUAAUUUGGAUAAAUGUAAAGUAACGCACAUUGGAAAAAAAUAACCCCAACUACACAUACAAUAUGAUGGUGGCUAAUUUAGCUACAACUAAUCAGGAAAGUGAUCUUGGAGUCGUCAUGGAUAAUUCUCUGAAGACGACCACGCAGUGUGCAGCAGCAGUCAAAAAAAGCAAACAGGAUGUUAGGAAUCACUUAAAAAGGAUAGAGAAUAAAACAGAGAAUAUAUUAUUGCCCUUACAUAAAUCAAUGAUAUGCCCACAUCUUGAAUACUGCGUACAGAUGUGGUCUCCUCAUCUCAAAAAAGAUAUACUGGCACUAGAAAAGGUUCAGAGAAGGGCAACUAAAAUGAUUAGGGGUUUGGAAUGGGGUCCCAUAUGAGGAGAGAUUAAAGAGGCUAGGACUUUUCAGCUUGGAAAAGAGGAGACAAGGGGGAUAUGAUAAAGGUAUAUAAAAUAAUUAGUGGUGUGGAGAAAGUGAAUAAGGAAAAGUUAUUUACUUGUUCCCAUAAUAUAAGACCUAGGGGCCACCAAAUGAAAUUAAUGGGCAGCAGGUUGAAAACAAAUAAAAGGAGGUAGUUCUUCACACAGCACACAGUCAACAUGUCGAACUCCUUGCCUGAGGAAGUUUUGAAGGCUAGGACUAUAACAGGGUUUAAAAGAGAACUAGAUAAAUUAAUAGGUUUCAGAGUGGUAGCCAUGUUAGUCUGUAUAAGCAAAAAGAAUGAGGAGUACUCGUGGCACCUUAGAGACUAACAAAUUUAUUUGAGAAACAACUCUGACAUCAUAAUCAAAAAGGCUGACAAAGGAGGUGCUGUCAUCAUCAAGAAUAGGUUGGAAUAUGAACGAGGGGCGGCUAGGCAGCUCUGUAACACCACAUUCUACAAGCCAUUACCCUCCGAUCCCACUGAGGGUUACCAAAAGAAACUACACCAUCUGCUCAAGAAACUCCCUGAAAAAGCACAAGAAGAAAUCUGCACAGACACACCCCUAGAAUCCUGACCAGGGGUAUUCUAUCUGCUACCCAAGAUCCAUAAACCUGGAAAUCCUGGAUGCCCCAUCAUCUCAGGCAUUGGCACCCUGACAGCAGGAUUGUCUGGCUAUGUAGACUCCUUCCUCAGGCCCUAUGCUGCCAGCACUCCUAGCUAUCUUCGAGACACCACUGACUUCCUUAGGAAACUACAAUCCAUUGGUGAUCUUCCAGAAAACACCAUCCUGACUACUAUGGAUGUAGAAGCCCUCUACACCAACAUUCCACACAAAGAUGGGCUACAAGCCGUCAGGAAAAGUAUCCCCGAUAAUGUCUCGGCAAACCUGGUGGCUGAUCUUUGUGACUUUGUCCUCACCCAUAACUAUUUCACAUUUGGGGACAAUGUAUACAUUCAAGUCAGCGGCACUGCUAUGGGUACUCGCAUGGCCCCAUAGUAUACCAACAUUUUUAUGGCUGACUUAGAACAACACUUCCUCAGCUCUCAUCCCCUAACAUCCCUACUCUACUUGCGCUACACUGAUGACAUCUUCAUCAACUAGGACCCAUGGAAAAGAAGCCCUUGAGGAAUUCCACCAUGAUUUCAACAAUUUCCAUCCCACCAUCAACCUCAGCCUGGACCAGUCCACACAAGAGAUCCACUUCCUGGACACUACAGUGCUAAUAAGCGAUGGUCACAUAAACACCACCCUAUACCAGAAACCUACUGACCACUAUACUUGGGGCUGGUCCACACUAACCCCCCAGUUCGAACUAAGAUACGCAACUUCAGCUACAUGAAUAACAUAGCUGAAGUCAAAGUACCUUAGUUCGAACUACGACGAACUUACCACGGGUCCACACAUGGCAGGCAGGCUCCCCCAUCGACUCUGUGUACUCCUCUCGCAGAGCAGGAGUACUGGCAUUGACAGUGAGCACUUCUGGGAUUGAUUUAUCGCGUCUAGACAAGACGUGAUAAAUCGAUCCCAGAAGAUCAAUUAUACUUACCUCCACGUUCAGCAGUAAGCAGAUGUACCCUUACCUACAUGCCUCCAGCUUUCACCCAGACCCCACCAUACGAUCCAUUAUCUACAGCCAAGCUCUAAGAUACAAACACAUUUGCUACAACCCCUCAGACAGAGACAAACACCUACACGGUCUCGAUCAAGCAUUCUUACAACUACACUACCCACCUGCUGAAGUGAAGAAAUGGAUUGACAGAGCCAGAAGAGUACCCAAAAGUCACCUACGGCAGGACAGGCCCAACAAAGAAAGUAACAGAACCCCACUGGCUGUCACCUUCAGCCCACAACUAAAAUCUCUCCAGCAUCAUCAAGGAUCUACAACCUAUCCUGAAGGAUGACCUCUCACUCUCACAGAUCUUGUGAGACAGGCCAGUCCUCACUUACAGACAGCCCCCCCCAACCUGAAGCAAAUACUUACUAGCAACCACAUAACAAAAACACUAACCUAGGAACCUAUCCUUGCAACAAAGCCCAUUGCCAACUCUGUCCACAUAUCUAUUCAGGGGACACCAUCAUAGGACCUAAUCACAUCAGCCAUAUUAUCAGAGGCUCAGUCACGUGCACAUCUACCGAUGUGAUAUAUGCCAUCAUGUGCCAGCAAUGCCCCUCUGCUUGUACAUUGGCCAAAUCAGACAGUCUCUACAUAAAAGAAUAAAUGGACACAAAUCAGACAUCAAGAAUUAUAACAUGCAUAAACCAGUCGGAGAACACUUCAACCUCCUUGGUCACUCGAUUACAAACCUAAAAGUCGCAAUAUUACAAAAAAAUACCUUCAAAACCAGACUCCAGUGAGAGACUGCUGAAUUGGAAUUAAUUUGCAAGCUGGACACCAUUAAAUUAGGCUUGAAUAAAGACUGGGAGUGGAUGGGUCAUUACACAAAGUAGAACUAUUUCCCCAUGUUUAUUUUUCCCCCUACUGUUACUCACACCUUCUUGUCAACUGUUGGAAAUGGGCCAUCCUGAUUAUCACUACAAAAGGUUUUUUCUCUCCUGCUGAUAAUAGCUCACCUUAACUGAUCACUCUCGUUAUAGUGCAGUGGUUCUCAAACUUUUUUACUGGUGACCCCUUUCACAUAGCAAGCCUCUGAGUGUGACCCCCCCCCCUUAUAAAUUAAAAACACUUGUUUAUAUAUUUAACACCAUUAUAAAUGCUGGAGGCAAGGCAGGGUUUGGGGUGGAGGCUGACAGCUCGCGACCCCCCAUGUAAUAACAUCAUGACCCUCUGAGGGGUCCUGACCCCCAGUUUUAAGAACCCCUGUUAUAGUGUGUAUGGCAACACCCAUUUGUUCAUGUUCUCUGUGUAUAUAUGUAUCUUCCUACUGUAUUUUCCACUGCAUGCAUCUGAUGAAGUGGAUUUUAGCUCAAGAAAGCUUAUGCUCAAAUA